AUGUUGGUCCGACAACUUUGUGGGCGACGACCACACUUUAGCCAUUCGCUGAGUGGAUUGCGACUCUCUUUGAGGCCUCCUAACUAUGUCCGGGCGGGAUGGACUUCUCGAAUUUGCGCUACGCUCGACCGGCAUCGCGCUCAUACGCGACUUUCCUCGACGACAGCGGUUACAGCACAAAAAACAUGGGUUGACCGUCUCCCUGCUCCGAUACGCCCAUAUCUCUACCUGACCCGCGUAGAUAAACCCAUAGGAACUCUACUUCUCUUCUAUCCCUGCGCAUGGUCGAUUACGAUGGCCUCCUACGCGAUAGAGGCACCAUACACCGUCCCCCUCACAUGUAUCAGUCUCUUUGGGCUAGGGGCUCUGAUAAUGAGAGGCGCAGGAUGUACCAUAAACGACAUGUGGGACAGAAACUUGGACAAGGCGGUUGAUAGGACGAAAGAACGCCCUAUUGCACGGGGGGACAUUACCCGACGCCAGGCGUUUGCGUUUCUAGGUUUACAGCUUACAGCUGGCCUCGGGGUGCUGCUUCAAUUAAACUGGUAUAGCAUCCUCCUUGGUGCUUCAUCUCUCUCCGUUGUAACCAUUUAUCCUUUCAUGAAACGGAUAACGCAUUGGCCGCAAGCCGUCCUCGGCUUGGCGUUUAACUGGGGCGCCCUACUCGGCUGGUCCGCAGUUGCUGGCUCGACAAACUGGUCUGUUUGCCUACCGCUCUACGCCGGCGGCAUCGCUUGGACGCUUGUCUAUGACAGCAUCUACGCCCACCAGGACAAGGUUGAUGACCUUACAGUGGGCAUACGCUCAACAGCCAUCCUCUUCGGCACGAACACACGCCCCAUUCUCACCGGCUUGUCCGUCUCGUCCCUUUCCUUGAUCUGCUACGCUGGAUAUCUGAACGCACACGGGUUGCCUUUUUAUAUGGGCGUUUCAGCCGCGGCCAUCCAGCUCGCCCGGGUGCUGUAUAGGACUGAUUUUGAUAGCCGCCCCAGCUGCUGGAGCGGAUUCGUCGGCUGCGGCUGGUCCGGCUUCUGGGUGUGGAUGGGCGCACUCGCAGAUUAUACAGCGCUGAUGAGCGGCAUGUAUCAAUGA